ACUAACGAUAAGCGCCGAUGGCAGCGACCUUUGCUUACAGGCGUAGACCAUCUGUGUCACGGUGGAAAGAUACUGACUCCGACAUCAGUAUUUAGUGACACUUUCUACAUCCAUCAUGAUGUUUAUUUAUUAUUUUUUCAACUGUUUUUAUGUAUUUUCUUCCCUGUGGUUAACUGGCAAUGCAUCCACAAACGACAUUGACCCAAACUGCAAAGACCGGCUAGACAACUGCCACCAUUACGGAGAGUCAGCCUGCAGGCAGCCAUUCGAGGCCUGGGCCAGGCAUAACUGUGCUAACUACUGCAAUUUCUGUUCAGGCCCGACAACCCCAGUGCCUGAGUGUCGCGACACCGCCGACGACUGCGAGACCUAUGUGAGGUCAUCCUGUACCAACCCCGAGUUCGCCACGUGGGCGAGAGAGCAGUGUCGCUACUACUGCCGACUGUGCCCGAAGCAGGUCCUUUCGGAAAUUGAUUCUUUAACUACAACACUGCCACCCGAAAAGUGCCUGGACAAGGUAAAGUGUUCCCUCUUCGGCAACUCCACGUGUGACGGGGAGUACCUCCACUGGGCCAAAACCAACUGCCCUGCCUACUGCAAUUUCUGCACGCCACCCCCAACUCCGCCGUCCCCCUGCCACGACAUCGUCCCCAACUGUAUCAACUACCACGGCGAUAUCUGCACCAACCCGAUAUAUUCCCAGUGGGUCUUGGACAACUGCCGACUGUUCUGCAAUCGUUGUUGACACACACGAACACCAUGUAUUCGGGGAUUGUUCCAAAUAUAUCACGAUAAAAAGGUUGUGUAUGUG